GGGACGAGGACAGCUGUCCUCACCCCCGAUGGUGGGAGCCCUAUCGAAGGCGCGGAACGACGGUUCUUCGUUGGCAUGCCCCUCUGGAUGUCCGGUACGACCACCGUUUUCUCGGCCAGGAGAGCCAUGGCGGCUGCUUCCAGUUCGCUGACCUGGCGACCGCAGGCCAGCCCGGAAAGCCUGCAGAUGCCCGAGCGCGACGCCCGCGACGGGCGCCGUUCGCCCUUCGGCGCGGCCGCGGCUGCGCGGGCCACGCAUUCGGCGGUGCUGGGGCCGCAGACCCAUCGGCUGCCGUCGAAGGUGAUGUGGAGCGUGACGAUGCUCACGGCCUCGGCGGUGGCGCUCAUGAACUUCGGUAUGAUCUUGGCCAUCAAGUGGUUGGUGGGUCUCAAGUUUUCCACGAUGCAAAGAGCCAUCGUUGAAUCAGGUGUGCUUCAUGGAAUUCUGGUCUUAGUCUUGAUCUCCACCAGCUAUGCGGUCGUGGGGGUCUGCCUCAUCCAGUUCGUGGCGCCCAGCUUUGGUGGUUCCGGCAUCCCCGAGAACAAAGCCUUUCUCAAUGGGGCACAGAUGCCGGGCCUCUACAGCCAUCGCACCUGCUGGGUGCGCGCGGGCACCAACAUCUUGGCCAACGCCGCCGGAUUCCCCGUGGGGCGAGAAGGGCCGAUGGUGACCAUCGGCAGCAACCUCGCUUACUUGCUCUGUGAGAAAGUCCUGCAGCCCUACGUGAGAGAAUGGGUCACAGUCGCAGGGAGCCCUGCGCUCUUGGUGGAUGAGCAACGCUUGGCGCAUGCCACACGGAUCUCCUGUACCGUGGGCGGCGCCUGUGCGAUCGCGGUGAUCUUCAACGCACCCUUCGGGGGGUUGCUCUACAUGUUCGAGGAGGUGACGGCCGUGUCCUGGUAUGAAGAGCUCACCUUCCGGGUCUUCGUGAGUACCAUGUUCUGCUCCUUGCUCUCCUACGGCUUGUGCUGGUUGAUGGGCUCGGACAUCACCGAGUUUGUGAUCUAUGCCGAGACCCCUCAGAUCAAGAAGUGGGCUUGGGGUGAUGUGCCCAUCUUCGUGGCCUUGGCGGCCUUGGUUGGAGUCCUCACGUCGCUCCACACCCGCGCCAUGUGGCGCUUCGCAGCUCUCAGGCAAUCUUCCCGUGAGCGCUGGCGGCGUCUGCAGCCCUGGCCCGUGGUGGUGGAGACGACGCUUUACGCCUCAUUGUGUGCUUUCACCUCAGGGAUGGUCUCUCUUCUGGCAGUCUGCGCUAAGGAGGGUGAGUCGGGCUUGGAAUAUGUGCCCUUCAACUGCCCCGAGGGGCAGUACAACCCCAUUGCCUCGUUGCUGGUGGCCACCUCUCACAGCUCGGUGAAGCUGCUCUUCUCCGGCACCAACGGAGGUGAGAUCCAUGCGAGCUCUAGCUUCUUGGCCUUCCUCACCUACACGAGCCUCAACAUUGGUUUGGCUGGGCUACCAGUGCCUGGUGGAGCGUUCACUGCGACCAUGCUCAUGGGCGGGCUGUUUGGGCGCUCUGUGGGCGCCUUCUGCCACACGCUGCAGGUGACUGGGAGCCCCUCAGGCGUCUAUGCAGUGGUGGGGAGCGCGGCGAUGUUGUGUGGCUUCAAGCAGAUGACCUUGGCCUCGGUCCUCAUUGUGGUGGAAUGCGUGAACGACCUGAGCCUGGCGCCCAUUGUGAUGUUGGGCGUGGCGGUGUCCAUGGCAGUGAAUUGGUCCAUGAAUGAACGCGGCCACGACGAGGAGGUGAUUCACCGCCGCGCGCUGCCGUAUUUGGAGCCCGAAGCUCCUCAUCGCUUUGAUGCAUUGGCAGCCUUGGAUUUGUGUAGUCCUUGCUGCCCCUUGCUGCCAGAAGCACCACUGGCCCAGGUCUUGAGCGCUUUGGAAGAGGAAGCCCACUAUUUUCCAGUGAAGGAACCGGACGGCCCCUGCCUGGGCAUCGCCAGCCGCGCGGCGGUGAAGUCCUUGUUGCCGAGUUCGAGCCAGGCGGAACAUGUCCAGCUGGAUAGCGAGCUGGUGGAAGAGCUCCUUCCCAUCCACCGCGUCAUGGACCCCACGCCCUUCACUGUGGUGGAAGACAUGCCAGCACCCAGGCUGUACAGUCUCUUCGCGAAAGCUGGCGAGAGGGCGGCCUGCGUGACCUCGAUUCGUGGCGACUUCCGCGGGCUGAUCAGCCGGGAACGGCUCAUCGCGUUGACGCGCUGAAAGAUGAGAGCGGCAAAAACGGGCUGUGACGCAAGAC